CACACACACACACACAGUGGGCGGUUGAGGGAGAGUUUCCACAGUUUUUCUACAGCAAGAAACUUUCGUCUGUUUCUGACUUUUAGUUGACGUGAGAGGACAGAGUCAUCAUGGUGACCACUGAGACCCACCAGAGCCAGGACCUAUUGGUCCCCCCCCAGAUCCAGGAGCAACUGGAGCAGCUGGAGCAGCAGGAGCAGCAGGAGCAGCAGGAGGAGAACCAGGCCUCUCCCUCGUCCCCCCUGGCAGGAUUUGACCCUGAGACCAUGAGUCAGGGUCCCGUCAACGCCAUCACGGUCCUCACGCUGCUCGACAAAUUGGUCAACAUGUUGGAUGCCGUUCAGGAAAACCAGAACAAGAUGGAGGUGCACCAGGUGGAGAUGGAGGGUGUGGUCAGAGGAAUCCAAGCUGACAUGACCAAAUUGUCAAAGAGCCACAGCCACACCUCCAACACUGUCAGCAAGCUGCUGGACAAGAGCCGCAAGCUGUCCGUCACCAUGAAGGAGGUCCGUGAUAAGAUGGAGCGUCAGGGGGUCCAGGUGAAGAAGCUAGAGGCCAACCACGCCCACCUGAUCAACAGGAACAACUUCAGGGUCCUCAUCUUCCAGGAGGAGAAUGAGAUCCCCUCCAGUGUUUUCGUCAAGGACCCUCCUCCGUUCCCUCGGGAUGAGAUCUUAGAAGAGGGUGAUGAGUCCGCACCAGGGGUAGUCGACGGCAACCGUUCCCAGGAGGCCGGGUUCCACUGCAUCGACCUAUCAUCUGACGAGGACGUCGGGCUGGAGGCGGAGCAAGAAGAGGAUGACGUGUGGCCUCAUGACCUGGAGAACAUGGAGAAGUCCAGAGCUGAGAAACUAAAACGUUCCAGUUUGAAGAAGGUGGACAGUCUGAAGAAGGCGUUCUCCAGGCAGAACAUUGAGAAGAAGAUGACAAAGAUCGGAACAAAGAUUGUUUCUCAGGAGCAGCGAGAGAAGAUCAAACAGAGAACGUCCAGCCUGAAGGUUUCCCCUCUGACCUUCAGCAUCAGGAAGCCUCGCAGCAGCUCCGACUCUCAGCCCACCGAAGCCUCCGACCAGCCGGGUGAGCCAGUCAGUGCCGAGGCCGACGUCCAGCUCUGCCCACUGGGCAGCACUCACCAGGAAGUCCCAUUCACAGAGGUCCAUGCCCAGUUAGCUCCAGCCGAACAUGAGGAGAAAGAGGACGAGGAGGUGAAAGAGGAGGUGAAGAAGGAGGAGGUGAAGGAGGAGGAGGUAAAAGAGGAAGAAGAGGAGGAGGAGCAGAAGAGAGGUGAGGAGGUGGAGGCAGAUCUGUCGAUGGUUUCAGAGGGAGUCAGUCAGGAGUACGCCCUGUCCUGCACCUUACCUCAGGAGGAGAGAGGAGAGGAGAGAGGAGCAGAGGAGGAGAAAGGAGAGGAGUGAGGAGAGGAGGAGACCAAAACACUCGUUAAUAUUCAGAUUCAUGGAGGUUUGUUAACAGUUAAAUAGAUCUGAGUAGAUGAUUAACGGAACAGUUCAACACGUUCCUGAGAGCACACACACACUCACACGCACACACACACACACACACGCAAACAGUUGAGACCUGGUCUUUCUUGUAAAAAGAAGUUUUAGGUCAAAGUUUGAAUGAAGUCGAAGAAUUUUUACUUUUAAUUCUUCAGCUGAUCUGAAAACCUCAAACUUCUAAAUGAGAGAUUUGGCGUCAUUACUAGAGAAUAUUUUUCUUUUAUAUUAAACGUUUGUUUAAGUUUCCUUUAAAUGUUUAACCUUCUUCUACAAUGUUAUAAAUAUAACUAAUGAGCAAUAAUCAAUAACCAUACAGUAACAUUUCUAUCAGUGGAACCCAACUGAAAGUCUGAACCUGUUGAUCAUCCCAACAAGGUUCUUACACAGAAUUUCGAGAGUACUGUAGGAAACAUGGUGCUAAACAGAACCCAGAAAACACAAACCUGUCUGAAACAUUCCUCUGGUGUUGUUCUCCCUGAUACACUGCAGAAUCCUUCCCAUAAAGUUUUAAAAUGUACCACUUUAAGAUCCAGAUUAAGUUUCUCAGAGGUGCCUCUAAGAUUCUCCUAGCACUCCGCUGAGGAACCCCAAAGUUUUAGCAACGGUCCCCCAUGAUUAGUCAAAUGUCCCCCUUUGUUCCCCCCUAAAUGUUCCUGUAAGGUUCUCCAUACGUUCCACGAAAGGUUCCACAAAAGAUUCUCCUAGUUCCUCAAAGUUCCUACAAGGUUCCUCUGAGAUUCCCCUAUAAUGUCUGUUAAUGAUGUUUGAUUUCCAGUGAUAAAUAAGUGAUCAGUCUUUCAAUUAACCACAAUGAUGUAUUAAUAAGUGUAACAGUGUCGUGAACCUGAUCAAACACUUUGAUCUGGUGUUCUGGUUUUAAGUUGCUGUUUUUCUCUGUUUUUCUUAUUUUUGAAUAAAAAUUGAAAUGUUCAGCUGCCAAAGAUCACUUCUGUUACCUGUCAGCCAUUCGACAUGUGUGUGACAUUCACCUGAACAAUAAAGUCCAGUGUAACCAUG